CAGUCUUCCUUGCACUCUUUCGCCAUCUGACCCCACAACCUUCAACCAACUUCCAGGACUCACAUCUCAUCUGACUGUCUCCACAGCUGAGGGCAGCAUGGAUGUCAAGGAAGGGGACACAAUAGAGAAGGGCACCUCAGCCAGUGGGGUGGUGGUACAAGUGCGAGAGAAGAAAGGACCCCUCAGAGCUGCCAUCCCCUACAUGCCUUUCCCUGUGGCUGUCAUUUGCCUCUUCCUUAAUACUUUUGUGCCAGGGCUGGGGACAUUUGUGUCAGCGUUCACCGUGCUGUGUGGAGCAAGGACCGACCUCCCCAACCGCCACAUAUGCUGCGUUUUCUGGUUGAACAUAGCUGCUGCCCUCAUCCAAAUCCUUACAGCGAUCGUCAUGGUCGGAUGGAUCAUGAGUAUAUUCUGGGGUAUGGAUAUGGUCAUUCUGGCAAUCUCACAAGGUUAUAAGGAUCAAGGAAUCCCUCAGCAGCUGUAACAUCACAGAUACGUUUUUUCCCCGCUGAUGUCUUCUUCUAGAACCGUUAAUAUGAGAAGACAAACAGCAGGACUGUCAUGCACCAGGGCGUCCUCGGCCGUCAGUACUGUCAGUACAGGGGACAAUGUACAGACAAAUAUCCAGUUGGUCAACUAAAACUUACAAGAACAAUGGAAGAACUUUACCUACUGCCCCCAGAUCUGUCCACCCCCACGGUCAUUGUAAACUCAGUAUCACUACUCACUUUUUGAAAUUUUUUGGUGUCAGCCAUACUCCAUCCACUGUUCUCCAUGAAGUACUGGAGUAGGAUUUGGCAUCAGCCUUCAAGAGGGAACCCUCCAUGUGUCCUCAAACCACAGCACACAAGGGAAAUGUCCAUCAGUUACGUGGGAAGUAAAUGGACAUCAGCGCCAACGUGUCUGAAUUUUCUGUAUUACUGAAAGAACAUUCUGUGGUAAAGAUCUGGAAUUUUCUGAUCUUCUCCUGUACAUAUGAGGUAUUUGUACGUCCUCGGAGACAAGACAGAACGUUCAGCGAGGGCCGGGGUUUCAGCCCCGUAGAAUAUUUCUGAUUGAUGUCGGAUAGACUUUUUGUUGAAAUAUGUACGAACAUUUUUGGGAAAUUGGAGUAAUUUUUUUAAAAACAUACCUCUUGUAAUGAAUCU